AUGUUAGUUGCAUUUCAUUCGGAUUGUGAUAUUAUUUAUCGAAUUGUUGAAGAUAUUGCUGUUAUUAUACGAGAAAUUCGAGAAUUAGAAGAUCAUAUCAUUUAUUGUGUAUUAGAAAAAUAUGUUGAUGAUGGACAUUGUAAUACUAAAGGUGAUUAUAUUUGUGAAGAUAAUAGUUCAGCAGAAACUUGGACUAAUGUUACACCCAUUGAACAAUCAAAUGAUAAAGAUAUUAUUGGCAAUUAUCUUUUUGGUAUAGAUAAUUGUAGAAAUAAAUGCAAGAAACAUGGUUAUCAAAAUGGUGGAUCGUGUUUUGGUGGAAGAUUAGGUAUCUACAAAUAUCGUGGAAAGACUAAUCAGACAUAA